CUCUCUCUCUCGUUUGAGAAUUGAGACACAGAAGUUCUUCACUUCAAUUCUACUCACAGAAGAAACUCCGAAAACAGAGUAAAACAAAACUGCACAGUUUAAUUUUAUGGAUUCUAUCAAGUCCUUCAAGGGCUACGGCAAGGUGGAUGAGGUCGAGCAGAGAGUUUUCCAGAAGAAGACACGCCGCCGCCUCAUUAUCCUCGGCGUCUCCUGCAUUGUCCUCGUCGCCAUUGUCGUCGCCGCCGUCGCCGCCUUCGUCAUUCACAAGCGCAGCCACUCCUCCUCUUCCUCCGACUCCCUCCCUCCCACUGAGCUGACUCCGGCUUCCUCCCUCAAAGCCGUCUGCGCUGUCACUCAGUAUCCAAGCUCCUGCUUGUCCAGCAUCUCGUCCCUCCCUAAUUCUAAUACCACCGAUCCGGAGCUUCUCUUCAAGCUCUCUCUCCGAGUUGCCCUUGAUGAGCUCUCCAAUCUCUCGAAGCUUCCCUCCAAGCUCAAAUCCAAUGUGAAGGAUCCGCGGCUUCAGAAGGCGAUCGAUGUGUGCGGAAUCGUGUUCGACGACGCGGUGGAUCGACUGAACGAGUCGAUCUCUUCGCUGGCGGCCGGCGGCAAUGGCGGGAAGAUCUUUUCGCGGUCGAAGAUCGGCGACGUUGAGACGUGGCUGAGCUCUGCGAUUACUUACCAGGAGACUUGUCUGGACGCUCUUGAGGAGUUGAAUUCCACCGCCGCAAGCGAGAUUCUCGGGGAUCUGAAAACCGCGACGAAGAAUUCAACCGAGUUCGCGAGUAAUAGUUUGGCCAUUGUGACGAAGAUUCUAGGCCUUCUCUCGAAUUUGAAAAUCCCGAUCCAUCGGAGGCUGCUCGGAUUCGGGGGAUUGGAUUCCGGUUUUCCGGAUUGGGUUGGUCCGGCGGAGAGGAGGUUGUUGGAGGAUACGAACACAACAGCGCCGCAUGCAGUGGUGGCAAAGGAUAACAGCGGGCAGUUUACGACAAUAAAGGCGGCGUUGGCGAGCGUGAAGAAGAAGAGCCUGACCAGGUUUGUGAUUCAUGUGAAGGAAGGGGUUUACGAAGAAAAUAUCGAUUUGGAUAAGAACGUUUGGAAUGUGAUGAUAUUCGGUGAUGGCAAGACCAAGACCAUCGUCUCCGGUAACCUGAACUUCAUUGACGGCACGCCUACAUUUGCGACUGCAACUUUCGCCGUCAAGGGGAAGGGAUUCAUCGCCAAAGACAUAGGAUUCAUCAACACUGCCGGAGCUGCGAAGCACCAGGCGGUGGCAUUUCGAUCAGGCUCUGACCAAUCCGUGUUCUUCAGGUGCUCUUUUGACGGCUUCCAAGACACUCUCUACGCCCACUCCAACCGUCAGUUCUACAGAGAAUGCGACAUCACCGGCACAAUCGACUUUAUCUUCGGUAACUCCGCCGUCGUCUUCCAGAACUGCAAGAUCAAGCCGAGACAACCCUUGCCAAAUCAAUUCAACACCAUCACAGCCCAGGGCAAAAAGGAUCCUAACCAGAACACUGGAAUCGUCAUCCAGAAAUCCUCGAUCUCUGCGGCCCCCAAUCUCACCGCUCUGACAUACCUUGGCCGGCCAUGGAAGGAGUACUCCACCACGGUGAUCAUGCAGUCAGAUAUAGGGUCAUUCUUGCAUCCAGUGGGCUGGAAAGAAUGGGUAUCGGGCGUGGAGCCCGCAAGCACCAUAUUCUACGCGGAGUAUAAGAAUACGGGAGACGGGUCGAGCGUGGACAAGAGGGUGAAAUGGGCGGGUUAUAAGUCGAGUCUAUCGGAUGAUGAGGCAGCGAAGUUCACAGUUCAGUCAUUUAUCCAGGGAAGUGACUGGUUACCAAAUACUGCUGUGGAGUUCGAAUCCACGUUAUAAAAAUAAUGGGAGUUCUAGGAGGAAGUAAGUGGUCUUUUAAUUUGUUUAAACACUUUUUCUAACUUAUAUUUGGUUCAUCAAAGUAUUACACGUAAUGUUUAUCACACUUGUUGAUGCUACAGUUUGGAAUGCAUACGCAUAGUUUCAACGCAUAUCCGGCUCUGUAUAUUAUGAUCCCGCGGGAUUUCCACAUAAUACAAUAUGAG